GUUUUGCUUUCGCGUUCGUCGAUGAUUGCCAAAUUGCAAAAAUAACUUUUAAAUUAGUUAUUAGACAAAACAUAAAUUAAAGUACUUCGCUUAAAAUUAUCCUUCAAAAGAAGGUAACGGAUUUAUGCAAAAUAAUUUUUGUCAAUGUGCUUAUUUACUGACUAUCAAGAAUCAUUGUAAUUAAUAUUCAUGACUACGUUUUCAAUUUGAAGACUUCUUAAAUUAUCUGGUUACCAUCUAUCUUUCUGCUGGGGAAGGACAAAGGAGAAGGAACUACCGAAAAUGGCUGACGCACGUGAGUUAAAUAUUUUUAUGAGAGAAACUAAUCUUGAAGUGGUGCUACUUAAUCUAUUUAAUUAAGCUGAUCAUGUAAAAUCAGCAUAUAACGUUAGUAGGUUAAUUAGUAUAAAUUUACACGAUCGAUAUUAAUGAAUCGCACGUUGGAAAUUCCGGUUAAAAAAUUUCUUACACAUAAAUAUGAAUAUUUUUUUUUAAUUUGGCAAAGGAACGUUCUUUAGUUUAAACGGCUAAAAUCACCCUUACGACUUUGAUGUUUGGGUCUGUGUCCAUGGAAUCAUAGCUUUCUUCAUUAGAAUGUGGGGAUCCUUAAAACUUCAAUGGUUUAGUCGGCAAAUUUGGAGAGAUAGCUUGCGGCUACCCACGAAAUUAUAUCCUGAAUGAAUCCCUAAACCUAACCUGAACCCUAAGCUAUCCCUAAACUUAACCUGAUAACUAACUUAUCCCUAACCUGUGUUUUGGCAUGAUCGAAACCAGGGACAAAUUGCUCAAAUGACGUCAAGGAGCUAUCUCUCUAAAUUAGCCAAUGAAAUCAGUUUUGAUAGAGAGGCAGUUAUAAAUAUUAAAAAGUAACUUGUCUGAACAGUAGUCUACUUCCUUGAAGUCCUCGCCUUACUUUUGGUAAAAAAGCAAAGUUCAUAUAUCAGAAACACAUCCUUGCUGAACACCAGUGUCACUGGUGGGGAAAGUUGCGUGCUAAAAGUGCUGUCUUUUGAUUAGUUGAAAAUGAAGUACUCGUAUGUUGAAACUUGGUAACACAAGGGAGAUUACUGCUUAAAUUGUAUUGGAAAUGGGUGCCGGCGCAACAGUUUAUGCUUAGGAAAUAUUUGUUUCAGAAUGAGUUUAGUUUUAGAAAGCGUUUAAACCGAUAGAUUUUCAUUUGAGGUUUAAAAGCCCAGUAGAGUCCAUAUUAUAAAUUAUCAUAACUUUCCGUGGACAAAAUCUGUUUCAUUCAUAAGAAUUUACCACUUGACCAUCCAUGUGCAAAAUGAUUUUCUGGGGAGGGGAGACCGCUACCCACACCUCUCCCCCCUCUUUAAAUUUAAAUACCAACAUAAGAAACAAAAAUCUUCUACCCUUCCUCAGAAUUCAUCUCCCUAUUUUCAAAACUAUUAAGUAAAGACAACAAAAACUUUAAGUCUUUAAAUUUAAGUGACCACAAGCAUAAAUAUUGCAUUCUUUUGGAUACUGUGCUGUAGACACAAGUUGACCUGGGGGAACUCCAUGACCCCAAUGUACUGUGGAACACAUUGCUGGCCUUACCGCUAACCUAAAAUCAAACUUGUUUAAUCUUGAUGAUUUUGAGAUGUCAUUUACGAUUGUACGCCAAGUUCUAACAGAACUGGGUUUUUAAGAUACCGGGUUAAAAAAUAUUUACAUUACGUAAGUUUUUUCGAUAUAGAAAGAAUUAAAAAAUUUAACAGUACGAUUUCGGUUGUUUUAAUUUCCAUUCUACAUCCAGCACUGAAUAAAUUAAGAAAUAUGAUUGGUUGGGCGCGGACCACAACUACAAUUAUAUUACAUUUUCCCUGAGAGGGGAAUGUGGUGAUUUUGAUUUAAAUUUUGUGUGCAGGUUUUUUCAAAAUGAACUUGCUAUACACGGCUACAGUAAUAUUAAUCAUUAAUGUGAUCACCCUAGUGACAUUUUUGAAGGGUUGUUGAUAAUUUUGAGAUUAUGCAUAGGCUGUGACUAUUCGCACCCGGGUACCAGAAGUGAGAGGUUGGGAUUAAAAAGUAUUUAAAAUAUAAUUGUUGGGUUUGUAAGACAAAAUGAGGUAUCGAAUGAAAGAUAAUUGAAUGGUCUAUAUGUUUGUAUACUUCUUCUUCAGUUAAAUUAAAAUAAACUACCACAAAUGACAUCUGACUAAAGCAGGGCUCUCAAACUCGCAGGCCAUUUGCAAAAUAAUGAAAAUAUAUUCAAAUUUUAAUGGUUACGCAAAAUAUAUUGACCCUUAUUGGUUUUUCAAUAUCGUAAUGAAACUUAGUACACUCAUUAAAAAUGCAAUUGUUUAAAGAAUGACACCCAGCUCACUGCAUUGCAAUUAUUCAGGAUCUGCAAAUUACAUAUGCAGACCUGUUAAUACUCUACGAUUUUGGUGUACAAUUUACGAUUUUGAGGUUUAUACAUAAAUUAUACAUACUGUAUGUUUAUGUUUUUACUAUUAAGAUAAUGUAUUGAACGAUUUUUUGAUGAUAUUGUAUGAUUUUAAGAGUUUGAGAGUAAGCAGGCCAGCUUAUGUGGGAUCACACAAAUUUUGGGGGGUGCAUGGCAUAUGUAAAAGAAAAAAAUAUUAAAAUUAAAAAAAAAAAAUUUUAAGCAGGUGCUAUUAUAUUGAGAAUUUCAAUGGGAAGUUUGAAGUCUAUAGCUAUAACACUUCUCCUGAUACAUUUGGCAUUCAUCAAGAAUCUGAAAAGUGCAAAGUUUAGAAAAAUUCAAGCUCACGCACACAGUUAUAUUAUUUAAAAGAAUUGAUGAAAUUUAAACAAACUAGUUUGAGUGUUGGAUUGCAAAUGUAGGGACACCAUAUCAAGGCAAGGGCUGGUGGCUGUAACAUUAAGCUUUCCUUUAAAAUAAAAAUAAAACCUUUCAUUAACAUUGUUACGCACUGACUUGUAUUGGGAGAAAUUAAUCUCCUAUUUUAAUUUUGAUUGGCUCGUUGUAAGCAGUGCCUAACAAAGGACGAUACCAUAUAAUCAACAAUAUUAAAGAUACGACCCAAAACAGUUUCUAGUUACAAUUAAUUAAGAUUUAUUAUGUCUUAAGAUAAUUAUAAAAUAAAAUAAAAUUACAAUCUUCAACUUACAGUAUGGCAGAUGUCGUACCGGUACACAGUUAAUACAAUUAGAAAUAAUGAUGCCAAUAAAUAAUGCGAAAUAAACACAUAAGUAGGAGCACACAAAUACACAAAGAAUAAAACACGCCUCGUAAUGUUAAGAGAAUCUAUAAGAAAAUCUCCCUCUGUUCUCGUCCGUGCCUGUCAAUCCCUUAAAUAGGUGGGUCUACCGACGCCUCCAGAAGGGCUUAUGACGUGUUGUUUACAUAUCUCGGGUUAAGGAGUAUAUUCCAGAAAUUACCCGGAGACAAUUCUACCCAAUGCGUAAUUGGAAGCGGAUUGUAAACAAGCUACUUCAAAGACCUAAGCCACACCCCUUUGUGAACACAGCGUCUCAUGCGGGGUCAAUCAGAGGGCACGCACGAGAAAUAUUAUGUAAACAAGCUCUCUAUAACAAACAUCUUUAUUAGAAGUCUGGUAAUGAAUUUUUAGUGACUAUUGUGAGUCUCAGUUAUCUGUAUAGUAAAAAAGACUGAACCUUUUUUGUACAUAAUGUCUUAAACUUGUGACAUAGUUAUUUUUGCAUACAAUAGUAUUUCUUGUAAGUUUAAGCCAAGAUCCGGCUUAUAUUUUAAACAAAAUAUUUUUUGAAUAUUUGUUCAUUACAUUAAUAUACCACUAUUUUUUGCUGUUGUCCAUUAGAUCCAUUACAUCUGACUUCAGCAUGCAUUUUUAGCCUUGUCUGUGUUAGUUUGAAAAGGGGUUGGGGGGGGGGGAUUAUGUUGACUUGAUCAUUUGGUGGUGUUGGGAUUUUAGACCCAGAAUGUGGGCACACUCGUGUUACCUGCCUUCUAUUUCUUAGACUGAUUAUAUGUUUCAUCAGUCAGCAAGCAUUAAAAAGAAAAAUGGACUGACUCUCUUGAACCAUACCUCAAUUUUUAUGUUUCAUUUCAUGUUAUGUGUAUACCUUCUUCUACUCUUCAGGCUCGGGUUAGGGAUCUGCGAGUAUUUAAGACCACUAAUGCAUGGCAUGGCUUUAUUAUGUCUUGAGACUGCACUGUUAGCAGUAAAACCUUAAAAGGAUGCAUUUAGAAAUUAUAUGCCCACUGAAUUUUUUACCAAGUACUUAACUCUUUCGCUGCGGAAUUUUUUCAUCGAAAAAAUGUACAUUUUUUUCGAAGAGCGGAAAAAGAGUGAGAGGUUGGGUUUAUUAAAAAAUAUUUAAAAUAUUAUUCUUUGGUUUAUAAGACUAAACUUAGUAUCAAAUGAAAGGUAAUUGAAAGGACUAUAUAUUUGUACACUAGUUUCUACAGUAAAAUGUGAAAACAUUUUAUGCUAAACCAUUUUUCCCCAAACCUAAUGAUAUACGCAUACCUCAUCUUCAAUUCUAUAACUCAAUUCCUCUAAAACUACUACCAUCGGAAUCAUGCAAUGUAUCUAAAUAUAAAUUAUCUUCGCUGUCAAAAGAAAUAUUAUAAAACAAUUUCAAAGCGUUUUUUAACUGUUAAUCGUCUAGGAAACUUACCUACUAGAGCCUGGGUAGCCAUAGCAACAGUAAAAAAAAAAAAUGCGAAGAAAAUCGUCGAAAUAAUGCUUAUAAAUAAAUAAGCCUUGGUUUCGAUUGUAAACAAUGAAGUGCCACUCUUCUAUGUAAAAAUCUUAUUUAAAAAUAGCUCUUAAAAAGUUUAACUGAGAAAUAGCAAAGAAAGAAACAUGAUAUUGAAACAACGCACAGCGCGUUGGUCCGUGCUUUUGAGAACGGCGGAAGAACGCAGUGUGCGUUGUUCCGCAUCGAAAGAGUUAAAACUACUCUAUUAACUUAUUCAGUUUUUACUGAAAAUUUUGCCUUACUGUGAUGAAACUUUGGACUAGAGUCACUGAAUCUAUGUGAUGUUUCAUGUGUCUUCUGAACUUUGGCUGAAUUUUAACCUAUUACCUUGUGAAAACCUGAUGCUGAUAAGCCACUGUUUCAUUUGUGCUUAACUCUUCUUAUUUUUAGAGUAUGGUGCCUAUAGUCAGCAACCAGCUGCAGGACAAGGGGGGUAAGUUGUGGAUCACAUUUUUAUAUUUCUUUCUGGUAUUUGCGCAGAUUAUAGCUCUCUUUUGCCGUAAAAUAUUAAUUUAAUUCUCAAAAUUGCCAUUGAACACUACCAUUGCGCUCUCUUAACUUAUGUUCACCAAAUACUGAUAUUGGUAGCAAUAAAAAUAAACACUUAGCUGAAAAAAUAAACACUUAGCUGUAGUGUAGUAUCAGAGUGGAGUGAUUAUUAACGUCUAGUUACAUUGAAUGGCCAUGAUCAUUUUCUCUUCAAAUAGGGGCUUGGCAAAUAGACCAUUAUACUCAAUUUUUAAAUGAAAAUAUUCAUUUGCAAACUUUUGAAAUAUCUUCUUUGCAGAUAUAACUAUGGUAGCUAUGGUGCUGCCGAUACUGCCUAUGGUGGUCAACAAGGUUAUGCACAGCCUGCUGCAGGGGUGAGGUUGUUUUUUUGUUUUUUUUGGUGGUGCAAUUUUUUUAAAUAAUCGUGUGGUUUGUAAUUAUAUGUGCCCCUUCUGUACAAUUAGAUGUAACUUUCUAAUUGAAUAAGACUUAAAAGAUGUAUAAUUUCAAUGGAGUUUUGGAGCUUUUCCUUUUAUUUGCACAUACAGGGCUACGAACAACAAACACAGCAAGCUUACACUGGAUAUGACCAAAGUGCUUAUGGAGGGGGCGCUGGAGCACCUCCUGCUCAAACUCAGCAACCUUCACCCUAUGGUGCCCAAGCUCAGGCUCAAUCAGCAUAUGGUACAUUUUGUUUGUUAAAUUGAUUUUUCACAUUAUAAAAAUUCGGUUUGCUUAGUAAUUGUGUAUUUAGAAUGUUUGUUUCAGUACAUACUUGUGCAGUUAUUUUCUUUUGUUUUGUUGGAAAUUUUUUACUUUUGAGAAUAUUUAUUUUCAUUAUUCAAGGUGGUAGUAAUGUGCCCAUGGGUUAUGGACAACAAGGAAGCUAUGGUCAACAGGGAGGGGAUAUGUCAGGGGCUUACAGUCAAGGAGGUAAAGUACUCUUCAAUAUUUACUGUAAUUAAUUUUUUUCUCCCUUUUUGCUUACAAUUCAAUUUGUGUUUACAAUUUGCUCCCUUGUCUUUUUUCAGGGGGCUAUGAUCAAUCAGCCCAACAAGGAGGAGUAGCAGGUGGUGGUUAUGGUCAAACAGGUGGGGCUGGCACUGAUCCUUACGGUCAAUCUAGUGGAUAUGGAGCUCAACAGGGAGGAUAUGGUCAGCAGGUAACAUCAACUGGUUAUUUGAAAACACUUCCUAUUUCUGUCCUGUUCAGUUUAAAAAAAAAAUUUGUUUCUAUUGAAUAUUACAUGCAAUUAUUGUUAACAUUUUCAGCAACAAAGUCCAGCUGGAUUCGGAGGUGGCGGCAAUGGUGGUUAUAAUCAAGGUGGAGGAUUUGGAGGUGGUGGCAGCAGUGGAGGUGGGGGUUUUGCCGGUCGUAAGUAGUUCAAUCUUAUCAAUCAGAUUAUUUGCAUAACUUUCCUGAAUUUAGAGGGAAAUGUACCCUAACGUCAAGCUUGUAGUUGAUAGUGAGUUUUAUAUGUCUUUUUAAAAUGGAAAGGAUAAAGAGUGUAUGUUUACCUUGAUUUUAUACUCAUGAUGAUACAGUUCAUUCCAAAAGAAUGGGAUUGAUUUUAGUUUCCUAGUUUUCCAGCCAUAAGUUAGUUGGGUUUUGUCUUGCUUUUCUAUUUUUAAUACAUAACGGUAUGGUUAAUUACUUUAUUGAUUUUUGUUCAAGUAAUCAUUUUUAUCUCAUUGUAAUUGGGGGUAGUUAAUUUUGCUGUUUGAUAGAUUCUUGGUGAAUACACUGAUAUUUCGGUUGUUAAUAGAAACAGUACGAGAAAAUGUACUUGUUUUUAUGUAAUCAGGUGGUCAAAGAGGCAAUGAUGGAGGAUACAACCAAGGAGGCGGUGGUUUUGGAGGAGGUAGAGACUACAUUGAGGGUAGUGAUAGAGGAGGUUUUGGGGGUGGCCGUAAGUAGCUAGUCGCGGAUUGUUUCUAUGCCUAGCCUAGGAUGGGACUGGUUAAUUCCAUAUUUGCUUAUUUUAUAGAUACAAACAAUAUAAGCUGCUAGACACGUUUAAGGUUCUUUAUGGUGCUGUAUUCCAUUGUGUAAAUGUAAACAUUUUAAUUUCUAUCAGGUUUUAACAUCUAGAGUCAGCUUUUAUUGUUGGCAUAGAAAAAUUUUGGGAAGUUCACCUUUUAAUUGUUAUGUUCCCACAGGUGGAAGAGGGGCUGAACGUGGUGGUGCUGGAGUUAUUGCGGGUGGGGCAUAUGGGUAAGUUUGUCUUUUCUAUUUAAAUAUACUACAUAGUCUCUGCAAGUAUUAGUUUCACUGGGUUUUUUAUGGUGCAAUUUGACUAUCUUAGUGUUACCUGUAAGAAAAUUAAACGUUUAUUUACUUCUAUUUACUGAGAUGCUGGUAUUAUAAACUAAGACUUGAAAAGGAGGAGAAAUCUUGAAUAACAUAACAAAGUGGUUCUUUCUAAGACCAUUAAUAGAUAAUGGUCAUCUUCGGAUGGUUUAUUUUGAGUGAGUGUAAUCUGACAAUGCAAUAUAAUGAUACAUUACUCUUGUUUCAAGCAGGUAUUUUACUUUAUUUAUGGGUUUUAUAAUGGAGAAGGUUUAGGGUGAAAAUAUGAAUACAAUGAUUUACUUUGGUGUACUCGUGAAGUCCAAUGGUUUAUUACUGACAACAAAAGGUUUCCAAAGGGAGGUUGUUACUUGUGUAAUUUAACAGGUUUUGCGCCAUGACAGAGGUUUAAUUAUUUUUGAAAGCCUAAUUGUGGCAUAGAUGGUUUAUUGUUUUGUUAUGUGGCUCUGAUUGUCAUUAGUUGAGGGUAAUGUGUAUUAUGAACAUGUUCUACUGGUUCCUGGUCUGCGAGCCUCUAAACUGGUUGGUCAAACGUCCUAUUUCUAAACUUGUAUUUAUAUUUUUCUAUUUUGUUAAAAUUAUUUUAUUUUAAUUAACAAAGCCAAGAUGUAUACAUCGAGAAAAAGAUUAUGCUGCUUUAUUUUUACACUGAAUUGGUAGGCCAACAAUGAAACAACUUUUUUUUGUUUGAAUAUUGUUUUUGUCUGCAACAAACUGCAUUGCUUUUAGUUUAAACCUCAUGUAGCUUGUAUCUGCUGAGUUCAAGGAGCACUGGCCCAGCUACCAGUGUUUUAACCCAGCAAAAAUAUAUAUACAUUUGUAAAUUUGCAUCAACCUUGGCAAUUAUACAUUUGAAUGUUAUUUCCUCUUUUACAAAAAUAAUUUUCAAACCUAGACAACUUAUAAAGACGGUAAGUUUACAACAUGAAGCAUACUUGUUUUUUGGUCAACCAAAACCAUGCUCUGAUGUGUAAAAAAUAAAUUAAAAAAAUUGUGUCCUGAAAAAUACAUGUUUGCUUAAGUGCAAAUAAAAGGUGAUUUAUACAUUUUGAUUAAAGUAUCAAGUAAAUGCUUACAAUCUGGUUAUUGUAUAUAUUCUUGUGUAGCUUAUAUUGGUAGCCCUAUUGGUAAAUGGCCUUUGGCUCUACUCCCAGCAUACCAAAUCUCCUCCAGUAUUCCCCAACUUUUGGAUAAUAUGUAUGUCAUCGAGCAAAAAUUGCUUGCUGAAGUCAGAUGUACAGGGCUAUCUUUGUGCUGAAUAUGCUACUGAGAAAUGCCUCGCAUAUCGGAAUUAAGUCCUAGCUAAUUUAGGGAAUGCUGUAACAUGUCAAUCUAAGAAAUCGCUCAUUGCUACUGCAUUCUUGUUUUGGUGACGUUUAAAUUUAGCUCAAUUUAGUUAACCUCAACGCCUGGUUGAAACAUGACUAAAUUAGCAUGAUGUAGGUAUUUAUUUUUUGCUAUAAAAACACCACAGUAAUUUCUUAAAACAAUGGGAAAUGCCUUUGUUUUAAGUUGAUUGAAAUACUACGGUAAUGUAAUUGUGUUGUAUAUUUAUUUGUAUAUUUGAAAAUUACAAAAUUUUGAUGUUAUGAUAUAUCAGAGCCACAAAGCAGUACAAUCAUUCCCCUGAGGUUUUUUGGUUGUUAUUUUAUGUGAUUAUUGCUCAGCCGUGUAAUAUACAGGUGUGUAAUAGAACCGGCAUAUUUAACAUCAAGUGUUAUCAAACCACUUUUUUUAAAAUUACAUCUGAGUGGGUUGAGUAUAUUAAUAUUCUGAUGAGGGUCCUCAAAGUGGUUAUUUGCACAUGGGGGAAGCAGUAGUAUAUUUAGCUUUGCUCUAGCUGUUCUGCGACAAUGGCACCAAGGGCAACAUGACUUAUGUGGGCCUGCAGUUGCUAACUUCUACAUGAAUCUUCAUUCCAGCGGCAGUCGAGGUGGAGGUGGAUUCAACAAAUUUGGAGAUAGGGGUGGUAAGUCCCAUGGUCCGUACAGGGUCUACUUGAAUUAUUUUCUGUAUUCCCAAAGGCCACUUUUAAAUCAGUUAAUUAGAAAAUUAUUUGGAUGUUACAACUGUCUGCCUGUUGUCUCUGUCACUUGUUUAAUAUUAAAAUCCGUUGCCCAUCAUCCCCCUCUUUCCAGGUUUAAUUAAUCUAUAAAAUAGUUUGUUGCAAAUGACUAGUAAAUAUAAAUUUGGUUGACUUCUGCCCCAGUUUUAUUCAUAAUUAGUGUGUAAUUUUUAAAUUCCAUUUGUUUGUUGAUCUUUACUAUGAUUAUAACAAGACGUGAGAAAAAGGUGGUUUUACAUUUUUACAAUAUGUUGUAUUCAUACAAGAAUUGCAUUUGGGAGGGAUAACAUUUGCAAAGUGGUUAGCAGUAUCCAAUUCGAUUUUGUUAAGACAGUUUGUUGGUUAAUGCCAAGCUUUGCUGUACUUAGUGCAACACCCUUUAAGUUACAUACUACAGUUCAGCCCUUUCCUGUAUGAUAUGCUCCCUGCAUAUAUAUAUUUAUUCUUUAUACACUGGUUGUAUUUGAAUCCAAAACACAUCCAAUCUGAAUAACACAAACAAGGCUAAAGUAGGUGUAUUAACUUAUAUAUUUUUUUUUCUUCUUGAAGUCCUUGAACCAUUUCAAAUUUUGUUUCCGUUAUUGAAUUGAGUAAUGGUUUUCUUGUUUUACCUAAAUCAGACUGGAAGUAAAAAAAAUAAAUUUGAAUGUAUGGAUAUGAUAAUACAUAAACAUGUGUAAACAUUUUCAGUGUGGGUUAUAAUUUUAGUACUUGCACAUGACCUGUAAUGGUUUCAGUGUUCCUGAUAUCUUUCUUACUUUGGUUCAUGGAAAGUAAAAUACUGGUUUAUAUUAAAAAUUGCUGUGUAGAAAUGGAUGAGAUUCAAUGACUGAAUGGUUAUUAAGAUAUUUGAGUAUAGUACACCUUUGUUCAGUUGUUUCUGAACAAGACACUCAAGGUUAUCAUUGGUGGAAACAUGUGACGAGAGCAAAUUUUACACAUUAUUUAUCAAAGGAUUUUUUUUUGUUAAGUGCAUGAUUAUUUUCUUUUUAAUGAAUUGCUUACAUGAUUAGCUGGGUUUUGGUUGUCAGUACUUACUUUUAAAAGGGUUGUUACUUAAAAGCUAUCUUAAGAGCUUUUGAUACUUAACAUGCAAGUAAUUUUCCAUCGAUAUUGUACUUUCACUACCCAAGCCUGUGGUACACCUUGUGUUAUAAAGAUUAUGGUCUGGUUGUCAAAUUUCUGUGGUGUAAUCCCUCCUUACCCUAUCCUGUCACAAAGUCCCAUCAUGUGGUGCCGCAGGUUAUAUUAUUGGCCAGUCCUGUGCCAAUGAAUUUAAAUUUAACUAAUUUCAUUGCUAAACACAUACAAAUAGAGCUGAAGGUGUGUUUUUACCGCUGUCAUGUUGGACUCUGCAAAAGCCUAAAAAAAAUAUUGAACUGUUUUUUUAAUUAUAAAGUGAAUUAGAUUUUAUUCAUUUUGCCUGUGGUAAUAAUGAUAGUGUAGCAAAAUGAAUAGAGUAUUGUUAAGCAUUUGAAAAAUAAAUAGGACCCGACAUACUUUGUGAGUUGAAGGCAGAAAAAGUUGCAAAGGUACUUGCUGUUUCAAGGUCUUGGUCACCUUACACAUUUUACGGAAUUCACAAAUUAAUACCGUAUGAUUCCUUGUCCAUAUUUUGAGAAUAUGUAUGCUUAUCUGGGCCUCUGUAUUUAUUUGCUAUGAGUUUCUGUUAUUUUAAUCGAUGAAACAAUUUUCGCAGCAUUGUAAAGCGGUGAUAAAACUAAAGUGAUGCAUACUUUAAACAAUUGUCAUUAAUUGGUAUUUAAAUUUAUUUAAAACACACAAAAAAAUUGUUUUUAAUAAUCUGGAGCAUCAAGCAAAUUAAUAUGGUUAUUUAUGCACUGGGCUCAAAGUAGUCCUUGACAAGAAAUCACUUGGGUAGAGGAAAUGGGUUGUCAAAAGCCGUCCUUUUUUAAAAAGUGGUGUGUAUUUCAGUUCAAUAACUGACACGAAUUCUAAUAAUAGUAAUAUUGCGUGAUAUGCUGGGAUUCUCGUAGUUAAUAAUUCAAAUGUGACUGAAAUGUUACAUUCCACAUUAUUAUUAUUCAGUGGUGUGUGUGUUCUUGUUACUACCUAGGUGCUCUUUUAAACAUAAGAGAAUUCAAUCGUAUUUAAUAUUAGUUUCAAGUGAUAUAUAUUUGUGAUGUUCCUUUUCUUCCUAUUUCAACUUAAAAAAUUUAUUUGCAGGACGAGGUAGUGGCCCAGGAAGUGACCGCAGCAGCAGUGGUGGAAGUUAUGGUGCCGGGAGAGAUAUGGAAGUGCAGCAGGAUACAAUAUUUGUAUCUAACAUGGGACAGGAUGUUUCUGAAGAGCUUCUUGUGCAGCACUUUGGCAGUAUUGGAGUAAUUAAAGUUAGUUUAUAUUAGUCUUUGCAUAUGCAGUAUAACUCAAAGCAUACUUGGCAGGUUAAGGAUUCUGACUGCAAACUUGAAGAUAUCCAGGAUAUGUAGUUACUUUUUUUAUCCCUCUUCCAGACAGACAAGAAAACGAAUACGCCCAAGGUUUGGAUUUAUAAAGAUAAAAUGACCAACAUGCCUAAAGGAGAAGCCACUGUGACUUUUGAUGAUCCAGAUACUGCAAAAGCUGCUAUUGAUUGGUUUGAUGGUAGGCUGCUUGAUGUAUUAAACUAAUUUGUUGAGGAUUUUAUGUUUAGAAUGUAUGUAUUCACUUGUCCACAUCAGUCUCCUUGAUUUCCUGGUUUAGCAGAAUUUGUAUUAAAUGCCUUCGUUUAGAGGUAAAGAAAGGCCCAGAUCUUUACUUAUGCCCCAAAAAUGUCACUAUUAUGUUAGAUUAUUAAUUUUAUAAGACAAUUGUGUAGACUUAAGUUUUGAACAUAUUUUUCAGGCAAAGAUUUUAAUGGCCGCACAAUUAAAGUAGAAUUAGCACAAAGACAGCGCAGUGCAUUUGGUCGUGGGGGUGGUAGAGGAGGUGGCGGCAGUGGUGGUCCACCAGGAAGAGGAGGUAAGUUACUUCAACUGUUGCAUUUUUUUUUAACUCGAUUUUUUUUCAUUGGUGUAUUUUUGUUAGUCUUGGUGUGUGAUAACAAAACAUUUAGUCAUAAUUUACACAAAAGAGCUGGAUAAUGUUUAUUUUUUACAUUUACACAUUCACAUUUGUUUACAGGUGGUGGAUUUGGUGGAAGAGGAGGUGGUGAUCGAGGGGGGAGAGGUGGUGACCGUGGAGGUAAUGCAUAUUGAAAAACAUUUUGGAUCCACAUCUUAAAUGUUCUAUAAUAUUUGCUAUCUUUUUGUUAUCAAGAUAUAAUAAUAAUCUUUGCUAAUGAAUAAAACUUAAAUUUUUCAGGAUUUGGAAGUAAUGGAGGUGGUGGUGGCGGCGGUGGUGGAGGUGGAAGCAGUGGGGGUCCAGUAAGGGAAGGUGAUUGGACAUGCCCUGUUGAGUAAGUUGCAUACAUUUUUUUGUAGUGUGUCAUCUAAUCCAAAGUAGCCUUUGUAUUGCUUCUUUUUAAUAUUUUCUAAUGUUUACAUUUACAUGCAAGCUAUAGGAGUUUCUUCAUGAUUUAUAGCUCCAUCAUUGUGGACAAUUAAAAUCUAAGCAUUGAUUACAUUCUUAACAUAAAUUAUGUAUGCUCCUUCUCAGUGAUUGUGGAAACACUAAUUUUGCUUGGAGGGAUUCAUGUAACAGAUGCCAUGCUCCUCGCCCUGGAGGUGGUGGUGGAAGUGGAGGUGAUGACAGAGGUAUGUUUGCUAGUGUAUCAUUUGUUUUUACAGAUUGUUUAAACGUUAAUUGUAGAUUUCAAGGUCAUUUUAUUGGGGAGAGUGAGCAUUUUUCAUUCUCAUAUUUGUUGGUAAUUUUACUUUGUUGAUUUACAUUCAUACUUGUGAAAGGUCUUGCUUAACAUGAUCUAGUAACCAGUUAUAUAAGUUUAAGAUGUCCUAUGCAUUAGUCAGAUAAUUAUAACUUCUUUUGACAUCUUUAUUUGAACUUAUUUAGAUACUUAAUAAUUUUUUAAAACACUUUUUAAUAAUUUAAAUUGCAGGUCGUGGCAGGGGAAGAGGCGGAGGCUUUGGUGGACGCGGAGGUGGUGACAGAUUUGGUGGGGGUGGACGUGGAGGUGGUGGAGGAGGAGGAGGAGGAGGAUUCCGUGAUAGAGGAGACCGAGAUGGUGGUGACAGGGGUGAACGUGGAGGUUUUAGAGGCGGGCGUGGUGGUGAUCGGGGAGGUCGUGGAGGAGGUGAUAGAGGUGGCGGUGGAAGAGGCGGUUUUGACAGGUUCGUACCCAUUCUUUUAAAGAUUGAUUUUAAAAUUUUUGUGUUAGUAAUUUCUUUACUUUAUAUAUUCUGCCUGAUCUUAUAAUGUUUCUAGAAAUAUAUUAAUUCAAGUUUUUUUUAAAUAUAAACAUUUUGUGCUUUUGCAGAGAACGAAAUGAUAGAAGAUCACGGCCCUACUAAUUCUGCUCAGUGUCAUGACGGCUCUUGUAUUAUUGAUUGUAAUUAUUCCUUUAAAAUGCCUAUAGUAUUUUAUUCUGUGAGAAUGAUUGAAAUUAUGAUUUACCAAUUUUUAUGAGGACCCAAAUGUAAACAAUGUUUUUAUCUAGAUGAGAAACAAUAAUUGGAUAUAUUGUUUUUUUUUAAAUCUUAGUUUUGGUAUAACUUCUGAAUGUUAUGAUGGGAUGAGUAUUUGAUAUUUGUAUGUCAUAAAUCAUGUUUGAUCAUUGCUUAGUACAACUUGUCAUUUUCUUUUAAGUUUCAUUUUGUGAAGCUUCUUCUUUUCAUCUUGGGUCCAUUAUGAAUAAAUAUGUACAAAAAUGUCUUGAUUACCGU